AUGGAGGCCGGGGGGCUCCUGCCCCAUCAGCCUUCGCAAGGCCCCCCCGGCUCGGGCACCGGCCCUGGUAACUUGACUAUUUGCGCGGGUGUUCCUAAUCGUCGUGGUGCUAAUCACUCCCCUAUAAACCCGGGUCUGGACCACCAGCAGCAACAGCAGCAGCAGCAUCAGCUUAAUAUCGCGGGAACACAGUCCGGUCAGUUGAGUUUGACGAGUCAGCAGCAGUUGCUGAUACACCAACAAAUGGGUCAGGCACCUGGGAUUGGUGAGGUUCUACCCUCAAAAAAACAGAGCGUUGUUGAUAGACUCAAGAGGAGGAUGGACGGAUACCGUAAACAUCAGACUGAGUGUAUUCCUAGGUUUCAUCAGUGUUUUAAUGGUGUCUGUGAGCAGCAUAACCAGGACAUGCAGGUCCUCAAGCAGAAGAUUCAAGAGUCUAAUAAGUCUAAGCAGAGGCAGGCCAAGACUAAGGCUGAUAAGAAACCCAAUGAGGCUGUGGGUCUUUCCAGUAUUCAUGUGUGUGAAUUUUAA